AUGCAUUGUGAGACGACUGGGACGAAUAACGUGCCGUUGGGGUCGCGGCGACGUUUUGGACAAGAAGAGCCUGGGAUGGAGGCAGAACGGGAUGAAAAGCAGGACGGGAAUCGGUAUAUGCCUCCAUUGCCGUCUGAUUCAUCUGCGCCUCUGCCUCCAGGAGUGGAUGAGCCGCGUGGGUUUAGAACAGGAGGUCCUCGGGUUCGAAAACGGAAAAAUAGAUGGGGUACGGGGGGUGCAGAAGGAAAUAAAGCACUCGGAUUGAUUGGUCUGCCAACGGCGAUUACGAGUAAUAUGACGAAUGAGCAGCUUGAAGCAUAUGCUCUUCAUAUGCGGUUAGAAGAAAUAGGUCAGAAAUUGCGUAUUGGUGAUGUUGUACCUCGUGAUGGUGAAAGAUCGCCAUCACCUCCUCCUCAAUAUGAUAAUUUCGGUCGUAGAACGAAUACACGUGAAAUUCGAUAUCGAAAACGUCUUGAAGAUGAACGACAUCGUUUGAUUAAUAAAGCGAUGUGUACAAUACCUGAUUUUAAACCUCCUGUUGACUACCGGCGUCCCACUAAAACCCAGGAUAAGAUAUAUGUCCCCGUAAAUGAUUACCCGGAAAUCAAUUUCAUUGGUCUAUUGAUUGGACCUCGAGGCAAUACUUUGAAAAAAAUGGAAGCCGAAUCGGGCGCGAAAAUUGCUAUUCGUGGCAAAGGAUCAGUCAAAGAGGGAAAAGGCCGUAAUGAUCCUUCUGCCAAUAGUAAUCUUGAAGAAGACUUGCAUUGUCUUGUAAUGGCGGAUACCGAGGAUAAAGUCCGUCAUGCGAUUAAAUUGAUCGAAGAUAUUAUCGAGACAGCGGCAUCUGUUCCUGAAGAACAAAAUGAUCUUAAACGGCAGCAAUUACGAGACCUUGCAACACUUAACGGUACACUUCGUGAUGAUGAAAACCAAGUUUGUCAAAAUUGCGGAAAUGUUGGUCAUCGUCGAUUCGAUUGUCCAGAACGACAAAAUUUUACGGCUAAUGUCGUAUGUCGGAUUUGUGGAAAUGCGGGACAUAUGUCUCGCGAUUGUAUAAUGAGAAACGAUCCUGAGGUUUUGCGUCAGCUAAACAAUGGAAAUGACGCUGCUGAUCGUGAAUAUGAAAAUCUUAUGCAAGAACUUGGUCAAGGGCGGAAUGAAGCAGGACGAAUUGAGGGUGCUAGUACGGCUCCUUGGGCAUCCCUUACGGGUUCAGGUGCAGCUCCUCCUUGGGCUAAAGCACUUCCUGAUGCUCAUAAUGCUUCGGUACCGCCUCCAUGGGCUCAACCUAGUGCAUCAAUACCACCUCCACCUGGUGUUUCUCAGAGUGCUUAUGGCGUUACUUAUGGUGCUCCUGGAGCUGCUCCGCCUACAUUACCUAUGUAUGCGCCUCCUCCAGGUGUGUCUACAUAUGGCUCAUCAGGCUCUAUGUAUGCUUCUAUGCCUCCUGGAUUACCCACAUCUAAUCCUCCUCUUCCGAAUACUCCUUAUUAG